AUGGCAGAGGGUGGAAUAUCUGAAGAGAGCCUGCUCCAGGCGACCCAGAGCAGGGUAGAACUUGCCCCCACCCAGGGAACUCCAGGAACCAGCAGCCCGACUGGAGCCAAAUUGCAGCCCUCCCUGGACAUCAAAGAUGAGAGAAUCCACCUAGAGCGCUAUGGCCACCUCUACCCAUCACACAGAGCCAUGGUGGAUAUCAUCGCCGGGGGGCUAGAAGAAGCAAAGGAAUUGCUAGCAACCCUUCAUGAGAAGAGCCCCCCACAACUGCAAGACAUCGACGAUUUCCUUCAAGAGCUAGAAGCCAGAUUUGAGGAGGUGGUGGAGGACCCGUACGAGGAGGAUGAGCUCCAAAACCUAAAGCAGAGGAGGCGACCCAUUGAGGAACACAUCCGUGAAUUCAGAAGAGUCAUGGGGAAGCUACCCCCUUUUGCCGAAACAACUAUUAGUUCACUUCUUCAGAAUGAGCCUGGAAAAGCAAAUUGCCCAGGUAACCACCUACCAGGACAUUCCAAACCGACUGAGUGGUUCCAAGUGGCCAUAAAAGUUGACUGUGGAUUGCAUGCAAAUGACAGGUGGAAGCAACCGGAUACCAAGGAGAGGCAAACCAAACCAGAGAUCAUCCGGUCGACAAGAGAUCGCAGCAGCACAGCCGGCCCUAAAAUCAACCCUCCCAUGAAACCAGUUGAAAUGCUACAGAUGCGGAGGGAUGGGCAUGGGUCACAUCGCCUCGGCAUGCGCAACCCCAGCUCCGAAAACCAAACCAGAGCCACCACCCAGGACCUAUGUGGCAAGCUCUUCACUCAGAGCUCAGUACUGUCUGGCCACAUGUGCAUUCACACUGGCGAACGGCCUUUCCACUGCAGUGUCUGCUUUAAAUCUUUCAACAACAGCUUCAACUUCCACAAGCACCAAGGCAUUCACAGCCCACCAUCUGGGUACAGUGAAGGGAGAGUUGGUGGGAAGGACUGCGAUUCUUUGUCUGGAAAGAAACUGGAGCAAGUGAAAGAAGGAAAGGGUGGCAGAAAUCUAAGCCCUACCCUUCUGUCAAAGCAAACCAGCUGUCAGCCCAUCAAAGAGUUGAGAAGGCAAGACAAGGCUGAUCAAAACCUCCAAGGGAGGCAAAGUUAUAACACUAGGCUAAGCCAAGAGGACUACUGCACCAGCAGCCAAAGACAACCAGGUGGUAGCAUGGAUACAUUCAAGAGGAUGGGACUGCAACAGGAUGACCCCAGUCCUGGUAUUAAUCUUGCUUUUAGGCAGGGCAGCCAAGAUGGUCUUAAGGCAAAUGCUCUGAAGCAGGCAACUGAUAGCAAUGGACAUGCUGGGGAACUAGGUGGUAACAACAAUUGCUGCUGCAGCCAAGAAGCCCUUCCCAAUGGCCACAGCUUCAAACAACUGCCAGAGGCAAUCACUGAAAAUCCCACAGAAGGCUCAAGGCAGAACAGAGCAGGGGGAAGCCAUAUUCAGGAAGGACAGAAGCAGCUGGUUGACAGCUGCCCUGGUAAGUUACAGCUAGAGAGUAGCAGCAGCUGGGGGAAAGGCUUCUUGCCAGUCAGGGACAACAGGGGCUCUGCUCACAAGCCAAAUCAAGAGAACUCUGAGAGAGGCUGGCUUCUGAGGGGCUUUGGAGUAAGGAGACCAAAUGGCCUCAGAGGGCUCAAGCAGAGCAAAGGGGGAAGUGGAGGAGAGAUGAGGCAGAACAGUAGAGGGGAAUGCGAUGCGGGGGGACCUGAUGAAAGCAAAACUUUAGUGGCCUUAGAAGAGCUGACCCAGGACAGUAGCACCCAUGGAGACUUUCAAACAUGUGGCCCAGAAAAGUUGAAUGGUCUCAAAGUGGAACAGUCUACGUGGCCCAAAGAUGGCAUAGCCUGGGAAGAUCCUGCCUCAGAAAUGGAUGACUCUGAAGGUUCUUCUCCCAGUCGGAAGGCUACAAGAUCACCUUGGCAAUUGGAGAAUCUUGAUCCAUGUUCUAUAUCUUGCAAUGCUUAUGGGCCUAUGAUCCUUUGUUUUCUUUUCCCAGCUCGUGAGCCUUCCAAUGGACACACACCGUCUAUGCUUGAAUCCAAGCCGUUUCUCUGCUUUGCCUGCCCCAAACAGUUCUGUCAUGCCACAGACCUGAAAAAGCAUCUGCGAGUGCACACUGGUGAAAGGCCCUUUGGCUGCAGCAUCUGUGGCAAGCGGUUACAGAGCUCAGCCUUAACCACUCACCAGAGGCUACACAAUAGAGAGAAGCCCUUUGAAUGUGUGAUCCGUUGCCGCCGUUUCAAUAACUCCUCUAACUUUGCCAAGCAUCAUCGAAUACAAGGCGUGGGGCAUAGGAAUAAAGCAAUGGAAAAAGAACACUGGGAGGUAAAACCACAUUGA